UGAUAUGAUUGCAGAUGUUACACUUUGAGAAUAUGAGGGAAAGGAAGCAAUCGUGCAAUAUGAUAGUUCCUAAAUUGGGACAAAAAUUACCAAACAUGGAAUAUUUAACCAUCAUUAAUUUUGAAGAGUUAUUUGAUGGUGGAUAUAAUCUUUCAAGUUUGAGGAAACUUGAAUUGGAUAGACUACCUGAAUUGCGGGUGGCAUGGAAAGAUCCCAUCGAAGUUGUCAACUUUCAAAACCUCACUCAAUUAAAUGUCUGUAGAUGCGGAAGGUUAAGAUCUAUCUUAUCACUUACCAUGGCUCGGAAUUUGCCACAAUUGAGCUCUUUAUUGAUAGAUGAGUGUGAGGAAUUGGAGCAAAUUAUUGAAAAGGAUGGUCAAACUUCAUCACAAGGUCAUCAUCUCCAAUCUAUAUGCUUCCCUAAUCUGACUGAAAUACGCAUUUAUUCAUGUGAAAACUUGAAAUGUCUCUUUCCGGUGAGUGUUGCUUAUGGCCUUCCAAAACUAAAAAUUCUACGUGUUGUGAACGUCUCCAAAUUAGAACAAGUAUUUGAACAAUCAGGAGAUGAGGCAAAUGGUAGCGAGGAAAAAGGGAAAGUGAUACAGAUACCUCAAUUGGGCACCUUAAUUCUUGAAAAGCUACCGAACCUUGUGAGCUUCAGCUCUGUGGGUUAUCAUUUCGUAUUCCCAUCUUUGAAAUUUUUAGCCAUAAGAGGUUCUCCCAAUAUAAGCACAAGCUUUAGUGUUGAUUCAGAGGAAUCUGGGCAUGCCAAAACAGAGGCAAUCCGAUCAAUUGAUGAAAAUAUAGUGGAAGACUCUACUACAGCUCAACAAACAACAUGGCCAAUUGGUAGUGAUAUAGAGUGGUGUAGACCAUGGAGUGGAUAACACACCUUUUCAGAGGAGGGAGAUGAAGAAAUGAAUGUGAGUUCGGGAGAUGCAAGUGAAUGAAGCAGUUGUCAAUUUGCUGCAGCAUUUCACAAACCUUUCACCCAACUUCAUAGACUUGCAGACAAAUAUUGCGAUCAUAUUAGAAUGCAAAUUUCUAUGAGGGUACAAAGACUGCAUUCCUGUUUAUUUAUGUCUUGUUGUUAUCAGCUAAAAGUUUAUAGUUUGUUGUCCUUUCCACUAGCAGACUGAAAACAAGGAUCUUUUAAAACAUCAAUGCACAAAUUUUAAUUAUCAAUUAAUUUUAAAUUUGAUACUUAAUAGAUUAUUAAAACUCAGGUUCUAUUAUGUUAUUUUUAUCAAUUACUUUUUCAAGUUUGUAUCAAGAUCCAGUGGUAAUUCUUGUUAAUUGUGUAACUUAUUUAAAUUGCACUAAAAAAUAUUAGAAAAGAAUGCCAUCGGAAACUUUUAAUUAAAAAAUAAUCUCCCUUUUUUUUUUUUAUAAGAAAAUG